AGAAGUAUACAAUUGUAUCCAAAACAUGUACAGUAGAAUCCAUAAGUACUAGUAUGGAGUCGCCCUGUAUACCAGAUGACGCCACUUCGUUCGGAACGCAUUCGUACCCAGCUGGUGUCAAGGCGUCUGUUUGGUUUGUACCCGACAAGGUGAACGGUGGUUCAAAACGUAUUUCUGUAACUCAAGAAGACUGUUUACCUCUCUCCGAAUCUAUUAUCUCAGGAGGACCAGAUUACAUCAUGCGUAUGAGUUUGUAUCAGAAUGUAACAAAGGGAAUUAGUGACCCGACAGCAUUUAAUAUACCAGCAAUUUGUAACCACAAAGAUACGUUAUACUUUAGGAAACAUCUGAGAUAGAUAGAGAAAAAACAGAUUUGUCUGAGCGCUACUACAACAUCAAUUGUUCUAUAAAUGAAAUGCAAUAUUUUAACUUUGUUUUAUGUUAUCUAUACAC